UUGAUUUUUAUUGCCAUAUAAGCUCAGUUGACAUUUGUCAAAUUCUUAUUGUAAUUCGUAACUGUUGAUAAAUAAAUUUCGUUACUAUAAAUCAGAAAUCAGUAUUUACGAGUUAACAUGGAUGAUACAGAAUUGGAACCAUCAGAACUGGGUACACAAGAUUACUGGCAGAAGGCUUACACUAAGGAAAUCAUAAAUUUCGAAGAUCAUGGCGAUCCUGGGGAUGUUUGGUUCGGAGAAGACAGUGCGUAUCGUGUUAUCAAAUGGAUAUGCCAGUGCGGAAUACCACUAGAUUCAUCUGUUAUAGAUUUAGGGUCCGGUAAUGGUUACACAUUAACGGAAUUAGCAAGAGAGGGCUUCAGUAAUCUCCUCGGUGUUGAUUACUGCACUGAAGCCAUCACUCUUGCUGAGAAGGUGGCUCAGGAUCAAUUCCCUUUCAUAAGGUUUCAGGUAUUUGAUAUAAUCAAUGAUGAUGUAAAGACACUUGGAAAGUUUGGUUUGAUACAUGAUAAAGGCACUUAUGAUGCUAUAAGCCUUAGUCCUGAUGAUGCAAAGCUAAAACGACACAAAUAUAUAGAUCAAGUUGCAGAAAUGCUUGCGGAAAAUGGUUUAUUCGUGAUAACAUCGUGUAAUUGGACAGAAGAUGAACUUUUAAGACAUUUCUCUGAGAAAAUGAAGUUAAAAUGCGUAAUACCGACGCCGCAGUUCAGUUUUGGAGGGAAAGUUGGCAAUAUGGUGUCUUCAGUUGUGUUUGUUAGUAAAUAAAAUAAAAAAUACACACGAAUUGAUAACAAUUUUUGAAGUCGACUAUGAAUAUGACAUUUCGUGUUUAUGGUCACUUCCAGAGCAUGAAAAAAUGACAUAUCAUAUUUAUGGUGCCGUUGUUAAGAAAAAAAUUGCUAUAAUUUUGUUUUAUUUU